GAAAAGAAAGGAUUAACAAAUAAUAAUUUUUUAAUAAAAAUUCAGAAGUUCAGAAUUUGUAGGCCAAACUGCAAUUGCGUAUUGCAAUCGAAAGGAAACUUAACGACAAAGAAGCAAACCUAAAGUCCAGACAAAUAAAUAAACACCGCCCGUCCGAAUAGACGUCUCAUAUGAAUAGCAGGAACCUGCCCAUAUUAACUUCAUGAAAUAAUCCACUUAUGUAACACAUUCAACAUUAAAUUACCCAGGAAAAAAACAUAAAUCCACACCAAUGGCUAAGACACGAAUAAAAACCACACCGACACGCAUGCAGAAGGAGGCUCAAACAGCUUCCGCUGCUGUCAAUUCAUCCAGCAAUAGAAUUGUUACGGAACAAGUCCUAAAGAAACGAAUUUGUGCUCUAAAUAGUUCCAUGCUAAGCACCAAGGAAGCACUGCCCAUACAAACGUCAAUAAUUGUACAACCACCACCGAAACGUACAAAUUCCAUAUCAUCUGCCACAUCAACAAUUUCCCAUAGCAGUGAUGGUCAUUGCAGCAGCAGCAUUGAAUCACCACCACCAUCACUACCCUCCAGCAGCUCCGCAACAACUCCGCCCACCUCCAAUUCAAAUGGACCAACUAUGGAUGAAUUGACUGAGAAUGCCAUUAAAACAUUAAAUGCCGGCCUAUUGGCCAAAACCAAUGCAUUGGCCUUAAAAAAUCGUAAAGUUUAUAUGAUAACUGAAAAGUGUGAUGACAGCGGCGCUGAUGGCGUUACUGGGAACGGAGGUGCUAACUGUGCCAGUGGAAAUGGUGCGGGCGGAAAUUGUGCCCCCGGACAAAAACGUAAAAUGUACUUAAUAAUGGAAGAGAAACAGACGGAUGAUGUGCAUGGAAAUGGGCUGGCUGAUAAAUUUAUGAAAUCAGAAAACGGUGGCGGAACCAAAAAGUUAACACUCUUCGCUGACUCCACCAAUGGUCAGUUGCCACAGAAAAUUGAGAAAAUUUUACCGGAAAUCCUAAGUUGCAUACAAGCUAAAGGUACUGCUGCUACAACAAAUGGCAAUGGUUUAGCCAUCACUCUGGCCAAUACCAAUGGAGCAAUUGCAAGUACAGCAAAUCAGGAUACGAAUGGAAAGCCCACCGUAAUAAAUGAUAACUUGAAUACAAAUAAUAUCCGCUUGAAAACACAAGUUGAUAAUAAUAACGAAAGACUGCCUUUAACACUGCCACCAAAAAAGAAUCGUACCAAAAUCAUAACCACACAAAUCAUACCAGUCAAUAACAACAGCAGCAACAGUAACAGUUCCCAUCCCAUUACGUCCACAUUAAGUGUUAGCAAUAACAACAAUGAGCAAUUGCUGGUUCUAAAAGAGCCACACAGUUUAGUUUCCAGCUCUUUACAUAGUGGUGGAAAUUCCAAACUAAACUUCACACGCAGCGAUAAUUCAAGUGCCACUCCGGUCAUUGUAAAUGCCAAUACAUUGUUAAGCAAUGGAAUCGCUGCCUCCACAAAUGGUGUCAGCAAGGAAAAUGGCAAUAAAUAUUGUGCGACCACAAUAAGUUCAUCCGUCCCGACACAAUUGCACAAGAACAUAAAUCUCUCCACCGAUUUUUUAUUUCUCAUGAAAAUGUUACCCAAACUGGAAAGUAUUGCCGAACCGCAUAAAACCUAUGUAAAGGCAUGCAUAGAGGAUCUAAUCAAUCAGUAUGUUCCACCAGGAGUGGGAGAUCAAUAAAUCCGUAUUUUGUUUAAGUUAGAUUAGAAGUUAGUUUUAGCGAAGUGUCAACCAUGAGCCUAUUUGAAAUGAAGGUAUUGAAAUGUGGUUCUUGUGGUAAUAAUUGUUAUACCCUACACCACAUAGUGACAAGGGUAUUAUGCUUUUGUGCAUUUGUUUGUAAAAUUGAGAAGGAAGCGAGAUAGAUCCAUAGUUACUUUUGAGGAUCUUCAUAGAAUCUCUUUCUGAGUCGAUUUAUUCAUGUCAGUCCGUCCGUCUGCCCAUGUAUUCUUGCAAACAAAAUGCAGGUAGCAUUUAUUAUCCGAUUAAGAUGAAAUUUUCCAAACAAUAUUUGUCUGGGCCAAGGACGUACCCUAUUGAAAUUGGUGAUAAUCGGGUCAGAUUUAGAUAUAGCUCCCAUAUAAAGCUUCAACCGAUUUCGGAUUAAUUGUGCACUAAAUGGCCAAUAUCAGUCCAAAUGACCUGAAUUUUGGCACAUCCGACCGAAUUCAGUCUAGAAGCAAGUACAUUAAAUUUGGUGAAAAACGGUUUAGAUAUAGCUAUAGCUCUAUUACAUAUGUUUCAUCCGAUUUAGCGUUUUAAGUCCCUCACAUGUGUAAAGUGCACUCCAGAACAAUUAUCCUUGGUAUAAGAUAUCAGAUAUAGUCCCGAAAUACCUCUGUUAAAUUUUUUUCAAGAUUGGUUCUUAUUUGGCUAUAGUUCCCAUAUAUGUCAUCAAUACGAUUUCAGGUUUAUUGUUAAAAUCAGUCGAAAUGGUGUGCAUUUCGGGACAUAGGUUUUCAUUUUGUGGAACUCAACCCCGAUAUAUAUUUUUUGAAUAUUAUCCUUCUGGAAGUGAUAUCAUGCACUCCCUCUGAAACCAUACUAUAACUGCUCUAAAACCAAAUGUUGAUAAGUAGUAUGAUCUACUUCAAAUAAGUUCUUUUGUUACAGAAGCUCUACUAAAUAUGCAUAUUGGUGUAGGGUAUCAUAUAUGUAUUGUCGGCCCCGCCCGACUAUUGACCUUUCCUUUCUAUAGAAGUCCACACAAGAUAUUGCAAACAUCGGGGAUCAAUGAGGACUUUAAGAUAUUGAAUAAAUAGAUGACCAAUGCGGCAUUCGCCACAUGUAUGUGUACAUAUAAAAUCAAUAUGAUUUUCUAUAAUCACAAUUAAAACAGAUGAGUUGUUCUAUGUAUAUCUUAAUGUUCUCUAUCCGUCGUUAACUAAAAGAUCAGUUUCCACAAUUACCAAAAUUAAAAGCAAAUGAAAAUUUUUCGAAUUUAAACACAAUUGCAUUAUUCUAGCUUCAGCUACAACAUCAAUGAAGCUUUCUAUAAACAGAAAAUCUGUUGAAAAUAUUAGGUCAAUUUGAUGUCCUCUAGAAAGAAAACCAGCAUGGUGUUUUAUAAAUAAUAAUAAUAUACUUCAUUUUUUUUUAUAUUAUUUUAAUAAAUGAAAAAUGAAUAUUUUUUAAUUUAAAAUUUGACACUCUUUUUAUAUUAUUUUAAUAAAUGAAAAAUGAAUAUUUUUUAAUUUAAAAUUUAUAUAUAGAUAUUGUUUAGCAUUAAUUUUAAGAAUAUAUUUUAUACAUGUAACGCGAAAUAAACGUAAGACAUCUGUGGAAACUGUACAAACGGGGAUACAAAAAGGAGAAACAACAAAGAACUGAAUACAUAUUUUUAAAAUAUACCAAUUAAGAUACAAAUAUUGAUAUUAUAAUU